AUGUCGAUCGCUCCACGUGCAGUUUUGAUCACUGGUGCAAGUAGGGGUCUGGGAUUGGAAUUCGUCAGACAGAUCGUCUGCCUUUCAACGCCACCAAAAUAUUUGUUCGCAACAUGUCGGAACCCAGAUUCGGCAACGUCUCUUCAAGACAUUGCUAAGACACAUUCCUGUAUAAAGGUGAUGAAAUUCGAUGUAUGCGACUUCAGUAGCUACAGUAACCUGAAGGAGAACAUUUCCUCGAUACUAGAAGGUGAAGGCCUUAACUUAGUUGUGUGUAAUGCUGGCAUCCUAGUUCGGUCAAGUUUCACGGACACCACUCCAGAUGUGAUGACGUCAGUGUAUACAACAAACGCCAUAGCACCGAUGAUUCUUGUGCAGACUUUCGGACCGCUCCUUAAACUAGCGGCACAGAAAUCGUCGGAGAAAGGAAUGUCCUGGCGAAAAGCCGCCGUGGUGAACGUAUCGUCAAUUCUGGGGUCUGUGGAGAGUACCAGCAGUGGUGGUAUGUACCCACACCGGGCUUCAAAGGCGGCACUGAACAUGAUAACGAAAACCCAGAGCAUUGAUUUGAAAGCGGAUGAGAUUCUAGCUGUUGCCGUCCAUCCAGGUUGGGUUCGUACUGAUAUGGGAGGCCAGGCAGCCCCUGUCUCUCCGACUGAGAGUGUCCAAGGUAUGCUCGGCGUCUUCUCCACACUGUCCGAGGAUACCAGUGGUAGGCUGUUUAACUAUACGGGUGAAAUCCUGCCGUGGUAAAAUGAUCUGGCUUUAGUCAUCCCCAGGCCUGGUGAUGAGAGGUGACUUUGCGGGUAGGCGUUUGUACUUUACUGGAGAACUGUCGUAAGAAUUCCUUAGGACUGGUGAUGAAAGGUGACAUUACUGUCCGGCAUUCCUCAGGGCUGGAGUUACCACUGCUUCAUAUCGUUUCCAUACAAUCAGAUACAGUUUAUCUACAUAUAUGCGUGCUUAUCAGGUAAUGUUCGUCUAGUUGUUUGAUUCUGUCAUCUAUUUCGAUUGGUUGUAUCAUAUCUUUAGACAAACCCUUUCACCUAAGUUUCAUGUGUAUUAGGAUCACUUCGUGAUUAUUAAACAACAGGCACUGUAACCAGUCUAAGAUCUUUUGAUUUCAGUCAUACACCUGACCAUGGCCCGACUAAAAUUC